ACUAGUGUUGUGUUAUUGUUACUUGUAACUUUCUUACCUUAAAAAUGAAUUGUUUUACAGUAAUGAAUGUGAGGCUGACAGGCCUGCUGCUAGCCAGUUUUGUCAUUUUGGCUCCUGCGAUGUAUUUUGAUUUAGGGGAGCAGGAGGAAAAGUGUCUCAUUGAGGAGAUUCCAGAGGACACACUUGUGUCAGUCUACAACAGCCAAGUAAAAAGUGUAUCGGCUUCGGGUCAGCAUUUCUUGUGCAUGCAGUCCAACUCCACCAGGUUCUCUGUGUUUGCUGGAGAUCGUUUGAAAGUGCAUUUAGAUGUCCAGAUGGGCGAGCAUACCAUUGAUCCUAAUGCUGCGAAGGCAAAGGACACUAUGAAAGCAAUGGAGUACAACUUGCAACAUCUCAUUGACCAGAUGCGUUACAUUAGCAGGCAGCAAAAUUUCCAAAGGGACCGUGAGGAGAAGUUUCGCCAAAUGAGUGAGGAAACAAAUGGAAACGUUUUGCGGUGGGCCAUUAUUCAGACAUCAAUACUCCUCUCUCUUGGAAUCUGGCAAAUGAAAAACCUCAAAAACUUUCUGAUCGAAAAGAAGUUGGUUUAGCUUUACGAAAUGACUAACUGUGUGUCUGGACAACCGUAACAUUGUUUGAAGCAUAAUGUUGAAGUCUAAAUGACUUCAUCUGAGCAUAAACAUCUGAGCA